ACCAGGAAGUUGCAGUUGCACAUGCAUUGACAUGCAAUUUAUUUGGUAAUAAACGAACGUGUGUUCUUUAUUAACUUAAAAUGUCGCGACCUGUAAGAACCAGCACAAGUUCCAAAGCUGCAGAGGCUAAAAGCAAUACCCAUUUUCUCAAAAAUCGAGUUGAAGAGCUGGAGGCAGAAGUAACAUCGCUGAAGAAACGACUGGAUGACUUGAGAAAAGCAAAGAACACAACUGUCCACAAGAAACAGAAAGAAUAUGUCACAACGUCCACCAUAGAACACAAGUCAGGCGAUGACCUCAAGGUCAGUGACCUCCAGCGAAGGAUGGAUGACCUCAACCUGCAGCACACCAAGGAAAUGGAGGAUCUCAAGCGAAGUCACCGGGACUCUUUGCAGAAACUGAAAAAGGCCCCUUCAUCGCCGACCCCCUGCAAUCAUGAGGAAGAAAUUGCCGCCUUGAAGCGGAAAAACAAAGACCUGCAGUCUGAGAAUGAGGAACUCAAGCUGUUCAACGAGGAACUGAAGACAGAAAACAGCGCGAUGAGAGAGAAGUUUGAGGAACUGUUUGCGGAGCUGAGCAUCAAGGAAGCGCAGUGGUGUGAAAAAGAGGAACAGCUCAACCUGAAGAUGAAACUCCAGUGGGGGGAGAAGUACCGGGAGUGGAUGGAAGUGACGGAGAAGAAAAUCGCUGACCUCCAAGCUGCCAACGAUCUCUUAGGGGCACACCUGAACAUGGGCGCAGUGAGAAUGACGCUCAAGUGUCCAACACGGAGCUACAUGAAGAAUCGCGAGGACAGAUGAAAGCCUUCGACAAAAUAAAGCUCGCCUUUCUAUUCCAGAUAAUGUACAUCGAGUACCUGCAUUUCUAUGUGGCACACUUAUCCCAAAUUAUUAUUUCAAACUGGAGUGACCACUGUGGCCAGAACUGGCCCAUAGUAGUUGCAGAUGGCCUGCAUGUUCAACCUUUCCAUUUUUUUAACGACACAUGGAAAAGUUGAUAAAAUACAGACUGAGGUCUAUUUUAAUGACUCUUAUAAGCACAACAUUCUGCUAGUGGCGCAGAAUGCAGCGGUGCCGGAAAAAAAACCCCUUAAAACCAGUUGGUCUUUUAUCAACCACUCAUGUGACGGGCUGUCCGCAAUAAUAGGAAAGGGUAAACUGUCUUUAGGUAUUUAUGAAUGUUUUGUAUGGAAUCAGAGUGUUUCAUAACACGUCACAAAUUUACCAAAUUUUCCUUGUUGAGGAAAUGCUCUGGGAAUACAAACAUUGAUCAUGGAAAGUGUGGUAACUAUGGAGUACCGAAGUGAAUACGUCACGUGCACAAAAUGUGUGUUAAAGACAUUGGCGCGUGAUUCGGCCCGUGAACCAACAGGCGCGCGUACUCCAUUCGCUAGCACUACACUUUCUGGUUCUAAACGAUGUCACUUUUCGGUACUCCAUAACAAGCAUCCGGUGACGUUAUAUUCAUCAAAUAAUAAUCAAGAACGUAUCGUUUUAUAUCAAAAACAAUAUUUUAUUGUUACUGUCCAAGUGUGACUUAUAAUACAAUUUUUUUUUGUUUUUAAAUUAUGAAAACUAGACAAGUUCUUAAAAAUAUUAAUCACUAUGGCUACAGGAAUUAAAAUCUACACUCGUACGAGCGCACCAUUUCCCCAAAAUUCAACAGGCAGUUACACACUGUUUCAAUGAGCCCAUGGAGUUUGUUUAAAGGAACGCCGUUCGUUUUUUCCCCAUAUAUAUUGUACUGUUCUUUUUGUAAAACCCAUAUUAGAAAAAAAAAAGUUGUAUGGGCGUGAGCGAAGCAAUAUUCAGAUGACCUCAAACACAUAAUUUGAGGAUUUUGACAGAAAUUAAAGUACAAGAGCUUUUAAGUACCUUAUGUGUUAUUUCCCAGUUAAUAUCUGAGUUUUGGUUGAAAUCUUUUCCACACAUUCACCCAACAAUUUCACAUUACAAUAUUAAAGUACCCUUUUGGGAAGAUUGUGAAUGUUUCUUACAAUCCAGCAGAAUAGUAUAAAGGCCAGUUGAUUAAAAAAAACAUUUUAACCUGAAACACAAAACACAGUAUUUUAACUCUAUAAAAUUUUUUUCACUCAUUGUGAAACAGGCUGUCGUCCAGCGAAGGCAAAGAUAUUUUUUUUCUUUUCUGAAAUCUGAUGCUCACCUACAACUAAAUACCUCCAAAUUAUAGUUUUCUACAGGAUAAAUAAUCCGCUAUGAAACUAAACCAAAAAAUAGUUUUUCUAAAAUGUACAAACUAUAGCCAAACUACCAAAUGUAUACAUGUACCUAAUGUAAAUAAAUAAACCUACAUGUUAUUAAUGAUAAAUAAUCCUGCAUAGUUUCAAAUAUCCUAAAAAAUAUGAACAGUGUUAAAUUAUUUUUGUACAGUGGUAUUAAAGUUAAUGGUAUUCAAAGAUGGUUAGCAAUAUAAAAUGGUGGGAAGACUGAGCAAGUCUAAUAUUUGAGUUCAAUGGUAACUAUGCAUAUUAAGAUUUUUUUUAAUAAAAGACUGACUGAAAGAACUAUUCUUUAACAAUAAUCUGGAGGUAUGAUUUCAACAAAGGAUAUCAUAAAUUAAAUUUGACUUGGUUCUUGUGAGUCUGAGAUCUGGAUGUGAUUUUCAAUAAGGGAAUAAAUAUCAGUGUGCUUGGCCAGUUUGUCAAAACAAGUAAAAAAAAUUCACAAGUUUCAACGAUUUUGUUCAACAAUUUUACUUCAUGUUUUGUGAAACACCCCUCUCGCCACGUCUAUGGUAUGUGCCUGCGCCGGGCGUAGUGCUAAAUAUCUACUUAUAUGGAUAUUGGCGCAGUACGCAAUGUGACGCAGAAUGCAGCGGGGUGUUAUCAGCAUAUACCAGCCAUGUGACAGGCUCUUGACCAA